AUGCCAGGCGCAACAGAAGAACCCACGCAGGUCCCAAUCUUGGAUCCUACCUCCGAGAACAACGAGGAGAUCGAUCCGGCGAUCGAUCGCGACAGGAUCAGAGUCCUGUCCGGUGCGACAGAGACGGCAGCAUCUUUCCAGUUUGAUGGCGAGGACCACACGCUAGGCAACGCGCUGAGAUACAUCAUCCACAAGAACCCCGAUGUCGAGUUCUGUGGUUACUCCAUUCCGCAUCCUUCAGAAGCCAAGAUGAACUUGCGCAUCCAGACAUACGAUGGUGUAAGUGUAUACACCGUGCUGGAAAAGGGCCUUGAAGAUCUCAUGGCCAUGUGCGAUGUUGUCGAGCAGAAGUUCACAAUUGCACGCGAUGACUUUGUGAACAAGAUGGAAGAGUAG